AUGACAUCCAAACUGACCCAAAAAACCCCAUACGAAUCAGAACACCAAUUUGCAAAAUCAUUACAAGAAUCUUUUGAAAAUCUUGAAGAAUCACAAUUAAAACCCCCAUUUCCAUUAACAAUCCCUACACACCCACAAUACAUUCAACUCAAUCAAGCCAUUUUAUAUGCCAUUCUAACCCGACCCGAUUCUUCAAAACUCCAUAUCAAACACUUGCACGCUGUUAUAACUGAUGGGUAUGCUUAUUUUACUUCUUUACUUACUACUUUAGUUAAUGAAUUAUAUACAAAGUUAUUUGACAAUGUGAGGGUUCAGGUGAUAUGGGUUUUGUCAGAACUGAUUGAUGUUAGUGCAGAUGGUGUAGACGCUUUGUUGGUUUCGUUGUUUAGGCAGACACGUGGCGGUUACGAUUUUAGUGAUGGAAAUUUAUGGUUGUGUUUGGAAUUAGUUGGUGUUUUGUUAAGAAAAUGGGGUUGUUUAGUUGAGGAAUUUCCGGGUGUUGUGUCGAAUGGUUUGUAUGUUUUUCUUAGGUUGUUGGGUGAUCAUUGUUGUGAUAAAGUUUUGUCCUUUUGUUCGAAAGUUGAGGUUUUGAAGGGUAGAGAAAUAGAGUUUUGUGUUAGGGUUUUUAGGGAGGAGUUUGGUUUGUGUUUUAGUAUUGGGAGGGAUUUGGUUCGGGUUUUGCAGGAUUUGGUUCAUGUGGAUGAGUUUCGAGAUAUUUGGAAAGAUCUUUUGUUGCAGCCUGAGAAGUUUGGAAUGCCUGGUUUUACGGAUAUUUCACAACUGUAUUGGUUGAGGACUUCUAGCAGGUAUUUUUUACUUCGUAUUAGUCCUGAAAUGGAAGCCCAGUUACGGUUUUUGCUUACAAAUGUUAAAAUAGGAAGUCAGACUCGAUACCAGACUUGGUUUGGGAAAAAGUUUUUGAAUGUGUUGGAAAACGAGAGUGUUGUGAUUGAUAUUGUUCGGUUUAUAUGUUGUGCUCAUCACCCGUCUAAUAAAGUAAUUCUAUCGAAUGUGAUGCCCAGAUGGGCUGUUAUCGGGUGGUUACUGAAAUGCUGCACUAAGAAUUAUAUCGAAGCUAAUGUGAAGUUGGCGUUGUUUUAUGAUUGGUUAUUUUUUCGUGAAGAAGUUGAUAAUAUAAUGAACAUUGAGCCUGCUAUCUUGUUAACGAUAAACUCUAUACCUAGAUAUGUUGACAUGACAAAUAAUCUUUUGGAGUUUUUACUUCUUUUGGUUGAUCAUUAUGACAUCGAGAGGAAAGAUUUGAUUGUUAGAGGUGUAUCAUCGGCUCUUGAUAUGCUUGAAAGAAAGGGGGUGGUUCAGUCGUAUGAUGCUUUGACUAGUUGUGGCAUGAUUUCUUCUUUACUUAAAGAAAGACUCGUGAAGCUGUUGCCAAGCAAGAAUGUGAGUGUCUAAGUUGAUAGUCUUUGAAACAAUCAGCUAGUUAUUGACCGCCAGUGGAGACAUUUUGUUUUUAGAUUGACCCAGACUCAACCGACAUAUACAAUUGAAUGGUUGGAUUUGAAAAUGGAAAGGGGUUUUGCAGGAAGAAAGGGUUUUGAAUACAAGGUAUGUUGCAAAACAACUCUACUAUAUUUUAUCUAAUAUGACGGUGUAUAUAACUUUUUGUGCCUAUUAUUGCAAUCAAUGUCUAAUUGGCAAUUUUGACA